AUGGAGGGACCUAACGACAGCGCAGAGAAGUCUGAAAGUGGACCCAGUUAUGAUAUCUCUCAAAGUGGACCCAAUUAUGUUAGCCCUGAAAGUGGACCCAACUCUGCGAGCUCGGUGAACGCCACCUUCUCGUUCGAGAUGCUGGACAUGAUCAUCACGAGCGGCAACACUGGCCGAUCGAAGUUGCAACAGAAGGAGACAAACCACAUGACAGAAAAUACGACGGAGAAGAGGCCCUUGUGUCCGUCCCAAGAACGCGUAGAAAUAUCAAGCGGAACAAAACGAGCAAAGCGGAAAAGCUCUCUCCGUGAGGAAACUGCCAACAGUGAUGAAGAUGCAGUUGAAUUUAAGAAGCAACUUCACAAUUGGGGGAAAAAGAAAAAGAAAAAAAAAAUGGUCUAUAAUAUGGACUCAGAGGUAGCAAUAGGAAGCGGUUCGGAAUUCUCCCUUCUGGGUGUGUUGUUGCCUGUCGAAGGGACCCCUGGUUUGACUUCAUCGAAAGAGGAGAUGCCAAUUAUGGGUGACUUGAUGGACUGCCUAAGUGGUGGCAAUAGCAGCGGGGGGGAACACUACCACAUGGGUGGAAAAAGUAACAAACGCAGUGAUACGAAUGAUCGGCAUGAAAAAGACAUAAAUGAACAAGACGUGGAUACGGAACUAGCCAAAAUGGAACAGGCGGAUGAAGAAGUCCUCUUCUCAAGGAGCAUCGAUUGUACCAACUGCAAAUACUACUUAAAAGAAUUGACGAGCAGAAACUACAUGGAUUUCUCCUACAUGGAUCAGUACAUCAGCGAGGGGGAGAGGAAUCUACUUUUAUUAAAAAAUAAAAAAAUUGAGGAAUUAGAAAAUGGGAACAAAUUAAUGAAACACAAAAUGAGCAAGUUGAAAGAGGAGAAUAAUUUUCUGAGCAGCAAAAUCGACACACUCGCCGAGAGUUUAAGCGAUUUGAGGGACCACUUUGACAGGCUAAUGGAAGAAAAUAAAUCGCUAAAGGAGGUGAAUAAACAGCUUCGAGUGGAUCUGCAGAAGGAGCAGUCGUGUAAGGAGGAAGUGGAAGGGGCGAACAGGAAAGGCGCAAACGGGGAAGGAGCGGAGAGGAAAGGAGUGAAGAGGAAAGGUGCGGACAGGAAAGACGCGAGCAAAAAAGACGCGAACAAAAAAGAUGCAUCUUCUUCAUCCCAUGGAAGACGGGAUCCCCCCGAAAGGGAUUUUGAAAACUCAAUCGAUAAUGAAUUAUUUAACGAGCUUUGCUAA